ACAAGAAAGAUAGAAUCGUUGCUAUAGUAGGACUCAUGUAGAGGCGGAACCUUUAAAUAAAAAUACAUUUGUUUCUACACGGAGCAUUAGUUUGUGUGCAUCGGUGGCGCGAGAUUUUUUAUUAUUAUUACACAGUGACAGUUGAAAUGAAUGAUUAAGUAAACUUUAUUUAAAGUAAUUUAGAAGCAAUAGAAAGUAGUCGCCCAUUGUUAAAGUGCAAUUUUACCAGCUGAAGUGACCAUGAAGUUCCGAGCGAAGAUAAAUGACGUGGGAUGUCUCAAUCAUUUCACACGUAGGUGUGGUGAAUACUAUUACAAAACUCACAAAGACCUGUGUCGUACGACUUACUAUCAACAACAUUUUCUUCGUCCUUUCUGGAAAAGUCGCCAAUGGAGGGGUUAGUAUGUGGUGUGAGUUACUACAGGUAAAUUUUUUUGAUGAAUAUCAACUGGAAGGUGUGUCAGAAGAUGCUAAUGAAAUAUGUUUAGAAGUAAAUCCAGAGAACUUAUCCAGAGCUUUAAAAACUGCACAGAAUGCCAAGUCCGUCAAAAUAAAACUGACAAAGAAGCACUAUCCAUGCCUCACUCUGGCUGCAGAACUGCCUUCCCUCUCAUCCAUUAGUCGCAUUGUCACCCAUGACAUUCCCGUGGACGUCAUUCCCAGAAGGCUUUGGCAUGACUUUAAAGAGCCCAGUAUGCCAGACUUUGAUGUUAGCAUAUAUUUACCCCCUCUGAAGACUAUGAAGAGUGUGGUAGACAGAAUGAAGAACCUCUCCAACUAUUUGGUAGUGGAGGCUAACCUAUGUGGUGAAAUGAAUCUGAAGAUUGAAACUGAUCUUGUGUCUGUGACAACACACUUCAAAGAUCUUGGCAAUCCUCCAUGGGGGGCCUCACAGUCUCAAAGUCAGAGCAGAGAUGUGGAGGCCAUGGCACAUGCUCGAGUGGAUAUUAGGAAACUUCAGCAAUUCCUUAUGGGGCAGCAGGUCAAUCCAACCAAGUCCAUGUGCAAUAUUGUUGACAAGAGGAUUAUUCAUUUGAUUCUCCUUCAGGAAGAUGUGUCUCUUCAGUACUUCAUCCCAGCUGUGGUGUAGUGGGAAUUUUUUUUAAUUCAGAUUUACUUUCCACACUGAUCAAUUCUGAUAAAAGGCAGUGUCCAAUGAGCAUAUCCCUGCCAACAGAGUAUUUUACAACUAGUACAGAGAACUUGUGACUGAUUUCCAGGUAAAAUUUAUGAGGAA